ACACGGAAGUGGGCGGUCUCUUGGUCAGCUGAUCUCCGUAUAAGAAGACUACCAGACGGUUGGUGUCAUUGUACAUCUUCGAUUCCCCCGAUCCGUUCAACAUGGCGCUCAGCGAUGCCGACGUCCAGAAGCAGAUCAAACACAUGAUGGCUUUCAUUGAGCAGGAAGCCAAUGAAAAGGCAGAAGAGAUUGAUGCCAAGGCGGAGGAAGAGUUUAACAUUGAGAAGGGUCGCCUGGUGCAGACUCAGCGGCUAAAGAUUAUGGAGUAUUAUGAGAAGAAGGAGAAGCAGAUUGAGCAGCAGAAGAAGAUUCAGAUGUCCAAUCUGCUGAACCAAGCCCGAUUGAAGGUUUUGAAAGCUCGAGAUGACCUGAUCGGCGAACUCCUAAGUGAGGCGAAGCAGCGGCUGGCACGAGUGGUGAAGGAACCUCCACGAUACCAGGCCCUGUUGGAUGGACUGGUUUUACAGGGCCUGUACCAGCUACUGGAAUCAAAGGUCUUUAUCCGGUGUCGUAAGGAGGACGUGCAACUCCUUAGGAAUUCUGUGCAGAAAAAUAUUCCCAUCUACAAGGCCGCAACGAAAAGAGAUGUGGAGGUGUUUAUAGACCAGGAGGGAUACCUGGCCCCCGAGAUUGCUGGAGGUGUCGAGAUGUACAACGCAGAUGGCAAGAUAAAGGUGGCAAACACACUGGAGAGCCGGCUGGACCUCAUCGCCCAGCAAAUGAUGCCAGAAAUUCGAGUUGCUUUGUUUGGGGUGAACACAAACCGCAAGUUCUUGGACUGAGUGCUGCCAUUUACUGCCAUACAGCUCUCCUAGUGUACAGAAGUGAAAUUCCUGAAUAUU